UUGUCAAUUUAGUUGACAUAAGUAUAAAAUAAUAAUAGGUAAUGAAUUUAUCCUAUACGAAGAACAUACUUUUUAUUCAUAUUUGCUCUUAUUUCAAUAUGUGUAUUUGUUCAAGAUACAUAUAAGACUCUCAGAAUGCGGACUUUUAACCUAAGGCAUGUUUUUGUAUUACAAAAACAUAACCUUUAUCGUACUUUAAAAACUAUCGUGCCUAGGGUAAGAUUUGCGCCAAGUCCAACUGGAUACUUACAUUUAGGAGGUCUAAGAACAGCUCUAUAUAAUUAUUUAUUUGCAAAAUCCCGUGGUGGGGUUUUUAUAUUACGUAUAGAGGAUACUGACCAGACUAGAAAAGUCGAGGGAUCAGUGGAUGCUUUGAUAAACGAUUUAAAAUGGGCAGGUAUAGAAUGCCACGAAGGACCGAGUCAAAGCGGAAAUUACGGUCCGUAUGUACAAAGUGAAAGAUUAAACAUUUAUCAUGACUACAUUCAAAAACUACUAGACAAUGGUUCAGCUUAUAAAUGUUUUUGCACAGAGCGACGUCUUAAUAUCCUUCGGAGAGAUGCCAUUAGAAGUCAGCGAAUACCGAAAUAUGAUAAUAGGUGUCGUAGUUUGUCUAAUAUGGAUGUUCAAGAGAAGAUCAAUGCAGGAACCCCUUACUGUAUAAGGUUUAAGCUUUCAUCGGAUUGUAUGUCAUUCGAAGAUAUGAUAUUUGGCGGUAUAGCAUAUGAUGUGUCCUUGAAUGAAGGUGAUCCAGUGAUGAUGAAAAGUGAUGGCUAUCCAACAUAUCACUUUGCAAAUGUUGUUGAUGAUUACUUAAUGGGUAUCACACAUGUAUUACGAGGUGUAGAAUGGCAAAUAUCUACAACUAAACAUUUAUUAAUUUAUAAAGCAUUUGGAUGGACACCACCGCAGUUUGGUCACCUCCCUCUUAUUGUAAAUUCUGAUGGAACUAAAUUAAGUAAACGACAGUCUGAUGUUAAAGUGGAAGAUUAUAAGGCAAAAGGUAUAUAUCCAUUGGCGUUAGUAAAUUAUAUAACACUGUCUGGUGGAGGGUUUGACCAUGUGAUCGGAGAAGGAAUAAGAUUUAAGACUUUGGAGGAACUAGCUGAAGAGUUCCAAAUAAAUAAAAUAUCGUCACACCCAAGUCGCCUCAAUCCUGAUUUACUUGAAGAAUGUAAUCGAUUGGAGUUAAAACGGCGUCUCAAAGACGAGAAGCUAACGAAGUCUCUCAUUAUAUAUCUUCAAAACUUAAUAAUGACGACAUAUACGGGAGAAAAACUAAAUGUGUCUGAAGAGCAUAUCAAAAGCGUACUGCUUUGGGCAACAGCAAGAAUAACUAGAAUAGAAGAAUUGGUCACACCGAAAUUUGCAUUCCUCUGGAUUCUACCGUCGAAUACAAAGAUGGAAGUUAAUAAGAAUCUAUUUGAGAAAUUGGUCGAUAAUUUGGAGGAUCUCGAGACAUUCGAGCAGGAUUCUAUAAAAGAUAAUUUGAAAGAGUUUUCAGCUAAAAAUGAUGUAAAGUUUCCUGCAUUGAUGAAAAUGUUAAGAUCCGUUUUGAGUGGGCUCAACGAAGGGCCGAGCGUUGCUGAAAUGAUGCAACUGUUAGGCAAAUGUCAAUCGUUGAAAAGAAUAAAAGCUGUUAUAAGAUAUUUUUGUUUUUUAUUUUGA